AGGACGAAAACAGAGCAGCUGAACAUCAUCAAUGGCACCUCCUCCUCCGGCGAACAAGAACUGAAGACCUCCGAAGAAACCAAACCCAUAACAGUCCAAAAACCCAACGCCUUCAUAUCAAAAAUCCUCCAUCCUCCUGCGAGGGGCGAGGACUUCUCCAUCCUCCAAGCCCUGUUCAGCAUCGACAUGCUAGUCCUCUUCUUCUCCACAAUCUGCGGCGUCGGAGGAACCUUAACGGCUAUCGACAACAUGGGGCAAAUCGGUGAAUCGUUAGGCUACCCAUCUCGCAGCAUCAACACCUUCGUCUCCCUGAUCAGUAUCUGGAACGCCAUGGGCAGAGUAGCCGCUGGUUUCAUAUCAGAAAUCCUAUUGACAAAAUACAGAGUCCCGCGGCCGCUCGUGCUGACCUUCGUUCUUCUUCUAGCCUGCGCCGGCCACCUCCUGAUCGCCUUCGGCGUGCCCAACUCGCUCUACCUCGCGUCGGUGAUCGUCGGGUUCUGUUUCGGAGCGCAGUGGCCGUUGCUGUUUUCCAUUAUUUCGGAGUUGUUUGGGCUGAAGUAUUACUCCACGCUUUACAAUUUUGGAAGCGUGGCGAGUCCGAUAGGAUCUUAUAUACUGAAUGUGAGGGUGGCGGGGCAUUUGUACGAUAGGGAGACGGAGAGGCAGAACGGAGGGGGAAAGGAGGGGACUUGCAUUGGGGUGAAGUGUUUUCAGCUGUCGUUUUUUAUUAUUACGGUGGCGACCGUGGUUGGGGCGGUUGUGUCGCUGGUGUUGGCGGUUAGGACGAGAAAGUUUUAUAAGGGGGACAUAUAUGCGAGGUUCAGGGAGCAGCCGGCGGCGGAGGACGCCAUGAAAAGAGGUUCUUUGGAGGAUAAAGUAGGAGUUAGUUGUGAGUUGGAGGUUGCAGUGAGAUGAUCUCUCUGUCUCUCCGUGCUUAGAAAUUGAAAUUGAGAUUUGUUGCUGCAGGAACAGCGUUGUAGAUAAGUUGUUUGCUUACAGGAAAGUAAUGAUAUAAUU